AUGUCUAUCGAGGUUGCUAUGAAUACGCCGCUGGCGGAUGCGCUUAACAUGGCAAUCCAGCCAAAGCUGGUAGAAGUAGGCUGGGCAUCAGGUGGCGCCGACGACAGCGCGCUCUCCGAAUAUAUCAUUCUGAUGCUCGUAAAUGGCAAAACUCAGGAUCAAAUUGCUGCCGAAUUAGCUGGCGAUCUUCUUAGCCUUGGCCCUGACGACCCUGGCGCACGAGACUUCGCGAAGUGGCUCUUUGAUCAGAUCGAGUCUUUGAACUCUCAACUGAACGGAGCCCCGGCCCAAUUAGGAAACAAUGGUGUUGGGGCGCCCCAAAACGCGCCGUCUUCCGCAGAACAGGAUGCAGAUAUGACUAUGUCCCUUGAUAGUCCCGAGCUGAACGCUCCCACAGGUCCUAGAUCUAUGAGAAAUCCCAAUAUGCGAGGCAACCGAGAAAAGCGGAUGCUUGGACAGAUGAGCAAGGCUAUGGAUCGUAGCCACGACAAUGUGUUGCACCGCGUCCGAGGAAAUGGCAAUGAAAGGAUCAACGCCCAUCGAGCGCCUCCUACUGGGCCGAGGGGCGGUUUCGGACGCACCAACAAUCGUGCAGCGAACAACCGUGCGGCUGGGUUUGCUGCUCAUCUAGGUCAAGCUGGUGGAGCCUUGCCGAAUAUGCACGACCCUAAUGGAAUGCCUAAUCUGAACAAUGAUAUGAAUUGGAUGAUGCCUGGCGGCGGUACUCCGGAGCAAUUAUUCCAGCUCCUCCAACAGCAGAACCAUAUGAUGGGGCAGAUGUAUCAGCAACUUACCCAACAGAGCCAGCCUAACGGAAGACCUAACGGAAGGUCGCUUUUCGACCGGGUACAAAAUCCGCGAGGUGGUAGGCGAGGAGGCCAUGUCAACGGCCACAAAUUCCACCAGGGAGAUGGGUCUAAUGCCAACGAGGCCGGUGCCGACAAGGAAGACGUUGAUAUGACGCAGGCUAGACGUGAACUGUCUAACCCCGAAACGAUGGUUUGCAAGUUCAACUUGUCAUGUACCAACAGGGAUUGCAAGUUUGCUCAUCAGUCUCCGGCGGCACCGCCGAAUACCACGGUUGAUAUCAACGAUGUCUGUUCAUACGGCGCGGCAUGCAAAAACCGGAAAUGUGUGGGUCGCCAUCCCUCACCGGCAACCAGGCGCGCGCAUCAGAAUGAACAAGAAUGCAAGUUCUACCCUAAUUGUACCAACCCGAGCUGUCCUUUCAAGCACCCGGAUAUGCCCCCCUGCCGGAACGGAGGCGAUUGCGCCGUGGAGGGAUGCAAGUUCACUCAUCUCCAGACCAUGUGCAAGUACAAGCCAUGUACCAACCGUUUCUGCCCAUACAAGCACGACGAAGGACAAAGGGGAACAUUCCAGGAUAAGGUUUGGACUGCUGAUGGGACAAGGGAGCAUGUGAGCGAGAGGAAGUUUGUGGACUCGAAUGGCCUCGAGGAGCUUCUUGUGCCCGGUGGGGAGACUGAAGAUGUUGUUGUAAGUCUUCUAAGGUCUGCAUACCGCAAUGCGCGACAUGGCCCUCCUACCCGAAUAUCGACAUCCCCGGCCUCACGACAGCUAAGCUCCCUGGUAGCUCCGAGUAGCCUUCUUCACUCGUCGAUUCGAAAGCAGGUUGCUUGCUCUCGGUCUGGGAAGCUCCCUCAAGCUCAAAGCCAGACAUUCGCAACAAACGCCAAAGCGCGCAAUGGCAAGAAGCGGGAAAUCGCCGUUCUUGGUGGCGGCAUCACUGGGUUGACUACCGCACACUACUUAGCCCGCCAUGCCCAGAACGCACAUAUCACACUAUACGAGGCGUCUAAUAAACUCGGUGGAUGGAUAUAUGGGGGAUUGGUAGAGAUAAACAAGGAGACAUCUGAGAAAGUUAUGUUCCAGUCUGGUCCGCGCAUACUUCGGUCGGGGGGUUCGCCUCUCAAGUAUGACAGCCUCGUCUUCUAUGAUGUACUGCUAAAUUUGGGCAUUGAAGAUAAACUUUUAGCUCAAAUCGGCCCUCCCCAUGCUCGUUAUAUAUAUUAUCCAGACCACCUAGUCAAGCUACCGACAAAUCAUCUCACUCCGGAGAACAUUAUUCAUACCAUCCAAUCCUAUCUUACUGAACCCCUCUGGGACGGGGCCUUGAAAUCCUUUUUUAACGGUAUCCUGUUCCGGGAGAAUUUGCCUGAUUCCUUGCCUGAUUCAUUGGUGGAUCGAGAUGAAUCCGUGGGCGAGUUUUUCUGUGGACUUUUCAAAGACGACCGGCUGGUUGAUAAUAUAAUAUCGGGCAUGAUGCAUGGCAUAUACGGCGGCGACGUAUACAAAUUGAGUGUAAUGCAGACGAUAUUCGAUUCAUUCUGGCGUUCGGUCAAACGUCCAGCAGGUGAGCCUGACAUGCCCUUAGUAGAAGCCAAGGAACCAAUUCUUCUUCAUAGCCUCAUGAAUAGUCCUAAUCGUUCCAAGAUCCGGGAUUUGGCUAACAAGGCCGGCAUAACCACUAUGGGGUUUGAAGAUGGCCUUCUUACCCUCUCAGACAGCUUAACUAAAGACUUGAAGAAUCAGAAAAAUGUAACAAUCAAGGCCUAUACUCAAGUCACUUCUUUGGAACAUAAAAAUGGCCAAGUAUCGGUAGCUGCAACGACUACGGCGAACGGAGAAAAGCGGGAACGAACGAGGCAAUACGACCAAGUAAUCAGCACCAUUUUUUCCAAGCAUCUUGCCGGACUGGUCAAACCUAAGGAUAGUCUCCCCUCGCUGGAAGAUACUCACGCCGUAACCAUCAUGGUCGUCAAUCUUUGGUUCCCGAAUCCAGAUCUGCUCGCAGGCAAGCGCGGCUUCGGCUACCUUGUACCAACCUCGACGCCCGACAACGACGAGUGCUUACUAGGCGUGCUUUUCGAUUCGGAAAUCAAGAUGCGCGAAGAGCGUCCGGGUACGAAGCUCACCGUCAUGAUGGGCGGCCACUACUGGGACGGCUGGACCCAGUACCCGACGGAGGAAGUGGGACGCGCGAUGGCCCUGCAAGCCGUCCAGCGCCAUCUCGGCAUCCCCGUGGAUCAAGAGCCCAUCUCCUACGCGAGCCUAUGCCGCGAAUGUCUGCCACAGCACUACGUCGGGCACCGCGAGCGCAUGAGCGCCGCGCACUACGAACUACUCUCCGCCUUCAAGGGCCAACUCACCGUCGCCGGCCCUAGCUACACGAGCAUCGGGGUGAUGCCAGCCAUGCGCGCCGGCUUCGAAGCCGCCAUGCGCGUCGCCCGCGGCCACGGCCCCCCCUGGUUCGAGCUUAAGGACGGCGCCGACGACUCGAACCGCCACAUCAGGGAGUUCAAACCAUUCGCCAACGGUAUGCCGGACCACGUCGGCGCUACGGGGCUCGAGGGCUUCACCAAGCCGUAUUAUAAUACUCUAGUCCGCGUGAAGAAAUUGCCCCCGCAGGCCUUGCGGGCCUUGCAGGAAAGGAUGUCCCAGAAACAUGAUGACAAUUAA